GCCAAGUUUCAAAGAGGAUUUCCUUAUUAGGAUAUUAAUAAAAGAAGAUCCCCUCAGCAGCAACCCUCAGAACCAUUCAUAGAAAUGUCAGAACUACAGUUGCCUCCAGGGUUCCGAUUUCACCCCACCGAUGAAGAGCUGGUGAUGCACUAUCUCUGCCGCAAAUGCGCCUCUCAGUCCAUCGCCGUCCCAAUCAUCGCUGAGAUCGAUCUCUACAAAUAUGACCCAUGGGAGCUUCCUGGUUUAGCCUUGUAUGGUGAGAAGGAAUGGUAUUUCUUCUCUCCGAGAGACAGAAAAUAUCCAAAUGGUUCUCGGCCAAACCGGUCAGCUGGGUCGGGUUACUGGAAAGCCACUGGAGCUGAUAAACCGAUCGGACUUCCUAAACCGGUUGGGAUAAAGAAGGCUCUGGUUUUCUACGCCGGAAAAGCUCCCAAGGGUGAGAAAACCAAUUGGAUCAUGCAUGAGUACCGUCUCGCCGACGUUGACCGAUCCGCUCGCAAGAAGAAGAACAGUCUCAGGCUGGAUGAUUGGGUUCUUUGUCGGAUUUACAACAAGAAAGGAGCUAUCGAGAAGCGAGCACCACCACCCACUCCGGUUGUUUAUGGCGACGAGGUCGUGGAGGAGAAGCCGAGGCUGCUGUCGGAGAUGGGUAUGCCUCCGCCCCCUGCGAUGACCAAUGAUUUUGUUUACUUUGACACGUCGGACUCGGUGCCGAAGCUACAUACGACGGAGUCGAGUUGCUCGGAGCAGGUGGUGUCGCCGGAGUUCACGAGCGAGGUUCAAAGCGAGCCCAAGUGGAAGGAUUGGUCGGCUGACAAGAGUGGCCUUGAUUUUGGGUUUAAUUACAUAGAUGCCACUGUGGAUAACGCGUUUGGUGGAGGAGGAGGAGGAGGGAGCAAUCAGCUGUUUCCGUUGCAGGAUAUGUUCAUGUACAACAUGCCCAAGCCUUAUUAGGGUCUGUUUCCUACCGCCGCCGAACGCAAACGCAAACGCUGCUUGUUUUGUGGGUAUCACGAGAUCGGUUGUGGCCGGUCAAUGAGUGUGCCGAUUCGGCGGAGCCGCCACUAGAUAUUUAUGUUUCAGUGUUCGUUUAAUUUCUAAGCCGUCAGAUUACGGGAAAAUCUCUAAUCGGACGGCGGUCGAUGUGUCUAUGUACCACCACUGUUGUUGUUGGGUAGAAAAAUCCACCUGUCUUUUCCUUUUUGGGCUUUAGUUGGCAUAAAAGUCAAAAGUUUUAAGAAUAUUUGUUUAUCAUCUCUGUCGUAAUAAUCAAUUGAAUAAACAAUUGAAUAUUUUCUUCUAUCUCUCUUUGUGUGGGUGAUUAAGUUAUUUUUAACAUAACUUGUGGAAUGGAAACCAUAAAUAAUGAUAAACCCAAGUUUUC